UGACGUCGCAGCAACAAAGUCAUCUGCAACAAUUGAUGCAAUGCCUUCAGCAGUAGGUGGUGCCGGUGGUGGUCAUGGUUCGGGUGGCCAUAAUUCAAAUAUACCCAGCAAUGAAGAGUGCGGCAUACGCGAUGUCUGGAAACAUAAUCUAGAAGAAGAAUUUCGUACUAUACGUAAAGUUGUACAAAAAUAUCAUUAUGUGGCAAUGGAUACAGAAUUCCCGGGAGUGGUCGCCCGACCUGUUGGUGAGUUUCGUUCAACAUCGGAUUAUCAUUAUCAGCUACUGCGUUGCAAUGUCGAUUUGCUGCGCAUCAUACAAUUGGGUCUCACAUUUAUGGAUGAUGAGGGUAAAACCCCACCCGGCUAUAGUACAUGGCAGUUUAAUUUUAAAUUUAAUUUGAGCGAGGACAUGUACGCCCAAGACUCAAUUGAUUUGCUACAAAAUUCCGGCAUACAAUUUAAAAAACACGAAGAGGAUGGCAUUGAUCCUUUAGAUUUUGCCGAACUCCUUAUGUCAUCGGGCAUUGUUUUGGUUGACAACAUCAAAUGGCUAUGCUUCCAUUCGGGCUAUGAUUUUGGCUAUCUGCUGAAAUUGUUAACCGAUCAAAAUCUACCCGCCGAUGAGAGUGAAUUUUUCGAUUUGCUGCACAUCUAUUUUCCGAAUAUCUAUGACAUUAAGUAUUUGAUGAAAUCGUGUAAGAACUUGAAGGGUGGCCUGCAAGAGGUGGCCGAUCAACUGGAAUUGCGACGCGUCGGACCACAACAUCAGGCCGGUUCCGAUGCCCUGCUAACGGGAAUGGCAUUCUUUAAAAUGCGUGAGAUGUUCUUCGAGGAUAAUAUUGACAAUGCCAAAUAUUGUGGACACUUGUAUGGCUUGGGCACAUCAUUUAUUGUCAACGGAGCCAAUUUCCACGAAAGUAAUGGUGAAAAUACAAAUGCAACGUGAUUUAUAAUCGAGGAGCGAACGCAAAAUAUUUUUGCACAUAAUUUAAAAUAAAAAAAAAAAAAACAACAACAAAACAAAAUAAAACAAAAACAAAAAA